AUGCAAACAUUCAAAUCUAUCUAUCUAUCUAUCUAUCUAUCUAUCUAUCUAUCUAUCUAUCUAUUUGUCUCCUCUUCCAUUUGCACUAACGCACAGGCAUCGCCACCCCGACCCGUCAGCCAUUCGCUCACCCGAUUCCAUUUUCCUCUGAUUCAAUCCGUUUUUCUACACUACACCCCCGCCCCCUUUCCAUCCCCGACCGACGUUACACUGUUCUUCAAAAUAUAUUUGCCUUUGUCUCUCUCUCUCUCUCUCUCUCUCUCUCUCUCUCUCUCUCUGUACUUCCCUUUUCAUGUCUCCACGCUAAAUCGUCUUCUUUUCUCCAUAUUUUCUGACCUUUCGCGCUCUUUUCUUUUAUGUGUUUUUCUUUCUUUCCUUAUAUCUGCUGCCUUUAUAUGUCUACCUUCAUGUUACGCUUUUUUCUUUCUUUUUUAUUUGUAUUAUUUUUUAAUUUAUCUGAUAUUUCUUUCUUUUUCUCUUGUUUCUUUCUUCCAUUUUUUUUAUUCUCUCAUGCCUUUAAUUCCUUUAAUUAAUUGGGAAUUUCUUUCUUUCUCACUAUUUCUUUCUUUCAUUCUUACUCGAGUUUUCCUUGUUUCUUUCUUUCUUUUUUGUUACUUUUUUUUAUUUUUAUUUUUUAUUCCCACUCCCUUUACAUUUGUUAAGAUUUCUUUCUUCUUUGAUUUCUUUCUUUAUCACGACGUCGUUCUUUCUCAGUUCCACUCUUUUUUAGUUUGUUUUUCUUUCUUUCUUUCUUUCUUUCUUUCUUUCUUUCUUCUUUCCACUUCCUUUAAUUUUUAUUGGUAUUUUUUUCCUUUCUUUCUUUCCUUCUUUUUACGAAUUCCCUUAAUUUAG